UGAUCAUUAGAAUGUGUUUCCCAUAUUUAUAGAUCCAUCACACAUUUAUAUUAAAAGAUUAGUUAAACCCCAUCCAAUUGAUAAAUUAUUUAUGUGUAAGAUGACUAUGAAAAUUAUUUCCAAUUAGAAGCAUUCAUUUUCAACAAUGAAUGUUCUAACAUGUGGAAUAAUUUUAUACGCAUUCUAUCAAUCCAUUUGUAUGGAUAAUGAUGAUGAAGGACCUGAAAACAAAGGAUCAAGGGGAAAACGACCUCUUCCAAAGUCUCUAACAAGUAACUUAACGUCAACCGAACAAGAGUCCGGUGGUGCUUCUGGCCAAUCAGGAGGUGCAUCAAGUCAACCAAGUCGCCCAGCUAACCAAGCUCCAGAUGGAACAAUAUUAGUGAAAAUGGAUGUAAAAAAUGGAUUUGAUAACCCACGUACAAAUUUACAUCAAUUUGGUGGACCAAAUAAUCUACCUCAUCGUGAGCUAACGCCUCAUCCUGGAUAUGGGUAUAGUUGUGUAAUGUAUAAGGGUGAAACACUUUGGACUAUGGAUGGCUGCAAUUAUGCAACAAGAGUUACUGUGUUUCCUACAGGUAAACCACAAAAGAGUAUUACUAUCAGAAUGGUUAAUGGCGGUUCAGAACUUUAUAGAAAAGGAGGAAAAAAUCAACCGUGGGUAAAACAAUGAAUGAAACAAUAUGUGAAGGAAAAUUAAUUGAAGAAGAAAUUUUGAAAAAAAUUAUAAAUCUAGUUGGCCU